AUGAAGAAAGACAAUGUGUCGUGGCUGUUUGAGUACUUCCCCGACUGGCAUAAGAGCGUGUAUGUGGUGGACGACAAGAAGGCGCCGUUGACGGUGAAACUGAACAAGGGGCGGGAGUCGAUGGUAUACUUGACGUACAUCAUCGACAACUACGACAACCUGCCCGAUAAUAUCCUCUUCAUCCACUCACAACGCUACCAAUGGCACAACGACGACCCGUACUACGACGGCGUCCCCAUGCUCCAGCACUUCCAGAUCCCCUAUCUACAGAAACAAGGCUACGUCAACCUCCGUUGCGCGUGGGUCCUCGGGUGUCCGGCCGAAAUCCACCCGCUCAGCGACUUGCAUCGACAGGACGUGCAUGCCGGCGAGUACUUCAAGGACGGGUUCAAGGAACUCUUCCCGGGGGAGGAGGUCCCGGCGGCCGUCGGCGCGUCGUGCUGCGCCCAGUUCGGCGUCACAAGGUGGCAGAUUCGUAAGCGCCCGAAGAAAGACUACGAGCGGUUCCGGACGUGGUUGGCGGAGACGCCGCUGCCAGACGACGUGAGUGGUCGGAUUAUGGAAUACUCCUGGCACAUGAUCUUUGGCAAGGAUCCCGUGUAUUGUCCUUCCGCGGAGGAAUGCUAUUGCAAGGUCUUUGGGCUGUGCGACCUCUCCUGUCCCAGCGAGGGCGAGUGUGUCGGCCGCUAUGUGCUCCCGCCGUAUUCGAGUCUUCCGAAGGGGUGGCCGUUUAUCGGCUGGAAAGGACAGCCGCAAGACCCGACCACCGGAUUGCCGGAGUCGUGA